AUGUCAGCCGACGAUGUCAAUAACCUACAAACUCGUGACGGAACUGCCGCCGAUGACAACGUUGACAAGACUCCAGCAGGGAACGUAACCGUGGUCAACGCUGACGAGAACACCGCAGCGUUCGAGGAAGUCAAGAAGAUGUUCUCAAACUUCAAAAAGAAGUCAGCAGAACAAGACAAGGUCAUGAGUUUUCUCGCUAAACAGGUUGAAAGCCUAACAGCGAGAACCAGGGCCAUUCUUCCGUGUGGAGGAACCCGAAUCCGUGGAAGAAGACUUGAUUUCAUGCCUCCUGUGGACCGGUCUGCCAACACGCAGGGAAAAUCGUCUGGACAAAAACCCGACGAAACUACUCCCGUGCCAACGCGGAAAGAGCCGGAAGGCCUUCCUCCCAUCGAGGAAGGUGAAGAAGAUGAAGAAAUCGAACGCGUCGAUUUGGAUUCUAGCAGUCACGCCGAACCUACGGACGAAGACGCAGAUGUGCAUCCACGACGAACAAGGAGCCGUGCGGCUCAAGAUGAUUCCCAGUUCGACAAUCCUAUGACCCAAGAGGAAGAAGCCAUCUUCUGGGACAAACAGGAGGAACUGGCCGAAGAGCAAACUCGGAGUACUCGCAGAAACGCCAACAAGGUCGGAAAUCUGCUAGCCAAAAAUCCGAGAUUCGCGAGGAGGCUCGAAAAAUGCCCUUCACCACCCGCAUCACCAAAACUAAGUACAACCGAUCCUAAGGCACACUUGCAGGCUUUCCAGAAUGCGAUGGGAAGAGCCAAGUUUAGAGACACCGAAAGAGAUGCCGGUGAAUGCCGCCUCUUCGUCGAGAAACUCCGCGGAGCAGCGCUUGAGUGGUUCUCUCGUCUGAAGCAAAAAUCUAUAUGGAGUUUCCGCCAACUCACCUCGGAGUUUCUCAAACAGUACUCUAUGUUCAUAGAUCAAGAAACCUACGAUGUCGACCUCUGGAGUUUAUCCCAGGGAGAAGACGAGUCUCUCCGCGACUUCAUAAAACGGUUCAAAACCGUGAUGGCUAGAGUCAGCGGAAUUAGUGACAAAGUGGCCAUAGAUGCGCUCCGAAAGACUCUUUGGUACAAGUCAAGCUCAAGAAGUGGAUAA